AUGACUAUGAUUGGCAACCUGAUAAGAUUUGGUAGAAGGCAGCUUCACACAAUCGUCUCUAAAGAAAUCAUUAAACCCUCUUCUCCGACCCCUUCUCACCUAAAAACUUACAAUCUUUCGUUCAUUGAUCAAGCCUCCUUAAACACGUUUGUCCCGUUUGUUACAUUCUACCCAAACACUGGUUUUUUUCCAAGUUCCCAUGACAAAAUACUUCCCUUGAAGAAGUCAUUAUCUGAAACCUUAACUAAGUACUACCCUUUUGCUGGUAGGUUAGCCAAGGUGGCACCAUCCUUUGUAGAUUGCAACGACCAAGGAGCUGAGUUUCUUGAAGCAUCCAUUGAUAGCACGCUCUCGGAUUUCCUUAAAAACUAUCAGCAUCAAGAUCUCGACCAAUUCUUUCCACAUGGUCUCGUAAAUCAAAAAUCCAAUCGUCCAGAUGAUGAUGAUCUUGAAAGCAACGGAGUGAUCCCGCUGGCCAUUCAGGUCAAUCAUUUUGAAUGUGGAGGAGUAGCAGUGGCUAUGUCGUUGUCCCACAAGAUAGCAGAUGGAAACAGUUUUGUUCAUUUUUUAGACGACUGGGCUAAAAUGACACAAUUGUUAUCAUCGAGAGAGCAGAAACAUGGACUUCCCGACAUGGACUUCCCGACGACCCCCACUUUAUUCCUUUUGAAUACAUGA